CUGUGACAAUGGAGUUGAGCUGCACUGAAGUACCUCUUUAUGGACAGGUGACUAUACAUGCAAAAUUUGACAAAGAUAUUUACCUCCCAAAGGAUGCUGAGUUUUACUUUGUUUACGAUGGAUCCCUGAAGAGACAUGUAAUGUUUGCAGAGCGAGUUAGUGACAGUGCUCUUCGGUCUAUUGUUCCAGGUCAUGGAUGCCAAGAAGCAGUUGCUGUCUCUGUGUUAAUGUACACAAGGGGAUACUCACCUGUGGUCCUUGGCAGCUGUCCCGUCAAUUACAGGGAGAAUCUGUCUUGCAAAUUGUCUCACUUUCUGGUUGAUCAUGCAGAAUGUGUUACUAGUCAUGAGCUGUUGCUGGAUAAAUUUGGGCUAAGGACAAAAGAUCUGCAGUCCCUUGAUAACGAUUUGAUGAUGGCUGUUGCUUAUGAAGAGUUGCCAUCGACUUGGAACAUCCUUGGAAGCUGCUCAGAAGGUGAGCCUAUACAUAAAGAAACUCUUCUCCACCUUGUGAUGAAAUUGGGCUUGGUUAAGCUUUCCCAGUUCUUAGCAGCCCAGCCUGGAGGGUCAUCAGCAUUAGCAUUACCUAAUGAUGAUGGAGCAACACCAUUAGAUUUGGCUUUACAAAAUGGACACUCUGAACUUGUAAAGGUCUUCACAAAUUUCCAGGGCAGUCACUCGCUUGACAUUUCAAGAGCGGAGAUCAGUGAGGGUGCUUGUGUGCAGUUUAUUCAUUCAUCAGGAGCUCUGACACUGACAUUUAGCCACACCACACAGCACUUGCUGGAGUCAGACAUUAAGCUCUUCAGAAAAUACUUCUGGGACAGACCUCUUCUUUACCAGAGUAUUAAUUCAAACCAAGUUGAGAUGAUGGAAGGUCCAAAAAUUGCCUGCACUACAACAAGCCAUGCAGAAGGUCCUGUGAACUUGGCAUAUAGUGAAUUGUCCCAGGACGAUACAAAGCCUUUCCUAGACUCCAUGGUUCCUUCUAAAGAAAAUGAAGAACAUGUCCUUUCGGGUAUAGAUCAGAGACCGUCUACCCUUGAUGUUCUCAGGAAACUCAAGGCUCCACCUACUUUUUUUACUGCAACCAGACUUUCUGCCAUGAUGAGUGGAAGUGAUGAAGUAUAUGCAAACUGCAUGGUAGUAGACCAAGCUGGAGAUUUAAAGACUAACUAUGUGAAAAGUGAAACAUGUCUUAAUCCCACCAAUUCAAUCAUGAAGGCUAAGAGCUCUUCAUCUCCUUCUCUUGAGAAGAAUGACCAACAUAUGUAUGUUCCAAAGGAAGAAAACCAAAGGCCAUUGAAAAAUGUAGAAAAUGCAGGUGUAACACAUACUGAUGCAUAUAGAGCAGAUUCAUACUUUUCAUUCAAGACUCAUGGAUUUAUUAAGGAUAGGGACCAACUGUAUGCUGACAUGAAAAAAAAAAGUUCAAGUCUUGAUGACCUUGAAGUUGAUGGCGGAAGUGAUGUUUCGGACAGAUCCCAUGUUUGCUACCCUCCCCUCAGCUCUUCAGAAGCCAUGCCUAGUAGCAGAGAUGGAUUGGAUUUAUCCACCAGUCUGCAGCCUGAGGAAUGUGCAGUAUCUGGGAUUCGGUCACGCUCCUAUUCCUGCUCCUCUCCCAAAGGUGUAUUAGGAAGACCUCACCUUCCUCGAGACUUUGCAGUUGGGGAUCCAAAUGAAGAUGGUGUGCUCAUGAACAGUGGUCGAUCCCUUCUUCAGGCUCUUUCACUCUCUAAGUCAGUGUCUCUGCUCCACCCUUGUAAGCGAGCAUACAGUCUUCCGGAGCACUGCCGGGACAAAAGGAUUCAGGAGGAGGAAUGGAAUAAAUAUAUUGUACCCUCAAAAAAUGAGUCUGAAAAAUGUAAAGUGAGUCGAACUUUCAGCUUUCUGAUGAACAGAAUGACCAGCACACGGAAUAAGUGCAAGACAAAAAAUAAAGAUACCAAAGAUAAAGAGAAAUUGAACAAGCACAAUUUUACAAAUGGAACCUUCUCAGGAGUUAUGCCAUGUAUGGCCUGUGAAAAGGCACUUCUAGGAAGAGAGUCACUGCAGUGCUCUUAUUGCAACGUGAUUGUGCAUAAGAGCUGCAAGGAAUGUGCUCCUGUGUGCACCAAGAAAUCCCAAGAGAGGUACCAUAAUAAAAGCAAAACCUCCGCUGGUGUAACAAAUUCCCUGCCUGGAGAUGCUUCACAAGCAGUGCUCUUCCCAGCACAUUCUUCUUCCUCUAUGCCUAUCGGACUGUCUGCUGGAAGGAGGGAAGCCUCACAACAGUCCCAGUUCUUGUCCAAAAGUGUCCCUAGUGCCAGUUUUGAAAGAAAAUCUAUGCCAUUUUCUGAGCAAGACUCUGAGACUAGCAGCUGGAGGUCUAAGUCACGUUCAGAAGAGAUGUUACAAGCAUUAGGGACUGUUUCUUCAAUGGAUCCUUUUAUGAUGGAAGAUUAUGUGGAUUUCUCUCAGUGGACUGAUCUCCACACAGAUGCACAAGAGUUUGAGGCAGAGUCCUGGAGUCUUCUUGUGGAACCAAUGUUCUGUAGAAAGCAAGAAAAGGAUGUCAUCAAGAGGCAGGAUGUCAUUUUUGAGCUGAUGCAAACUGAAGUGCAUCACAUCCAUACCCUGUUCAUUAUGUCUGAAAUAUUCAGGAAAGGGAUGAAGAAAGAACUGCAGCUGGAUCACAGCACAGUGAACAGAAUAUUCCCUUGCUUAGAUGAGCUACUGGAGAUGCACAGGCAAUUCUUUUGCAGAAUGAAGGAGAGACGGCAGGAAUCAUGUGAGGCAGGGAGUGAACGUAAUUUUGUCAUCAGCAGAAUUGGAGACAUCCUUGUGCAGCAGUUUUCGGAGGAAAAUGCAACUAAAAUGAAGAAAAUAUAUGGAGAAUUUUGCAGCCAUCAAAAAGAAGCCGUUAAUCUCUUCAAAGAGUUGCAACAAAACAAGAAGUUCCAGAAUUUUAUUAAGCUGAGAAACAGUAACCUGUUGGCACGACGCCGAGGAAUCCCUGAGUGCAUUUUGCUUGUCACCCAGCGAAUCACCAAAUACCCUGUUCUGGUUGAAAGGAUAUUGCAAUACUCAAAAGAAGGGACAGAAGAGCAUAAAGACCUAUGCAAAGCCAUUUGUCUAAUAAAGGAUGUGAUUGCAGAAGUAGAUUUGAAAGUGAAUGAAUAUGAGAAAAAGCAAAAACUGCUGGAAAUUCUCAGUAGAACUGAAAACAAAACAUACACCAAGCUGAAAAAUGGCCAUGUUUUUAGGAAGCAAGACUUGAUGAGGAAAGAGAGGAUACUUCUUCAUGAAGGUUUAGUGUACUGGAAGACAGCAACUGGUCGUUUCAAAGACACCUUAGCUCUGCUUCUAACUGAUGUACUACUGUUCUUACAAGAAAAAGAUCAAAAAUACAUCUUUGCAGCUGUUGACCAGAAGCCUUCUGUUAUCUCCCUUCAGAGACUUAUAGUAAGAGAAGUAGCCAAUGAAGAAAGGGGGAUGUUUCUGAUCAGUGCUUCAUCUGCAGGGCCUGAGAUGUAUGAGGUUCAUACCAAUUCGAAAGAAGAACGUAACAACUGGAUGAGGCAUAUUCAAGAUGCAGUAGAAAGUUGUCCAGAGGAAGAAGAAGAAGGAAAAAUGAGUGAAUCUGAUGAGGACAGACGUAUUGCUGAGGCCAAAGCAUGCAGAAUUCAGAAAUGUCAAGAAUCACUGAGUAACCAGGAUCACCAGAUCUUUAGCUGUUUGGAAAAGAAGUUUCAUAUCCAUGCAGAACUGGUAAAUAUGAGUGGGUUUGAGGAUGUUCAUGUGGAGCCUUACCUCCUUAUCAAACCUGAUUCUGGAGAAACUCCACAGGCUUCUGCAUUGCUGGCAGCAGCACUAAAAGAAGUUGAAAGUCUGCAUGUUGCUGUAACACUACAAGGGAGUGAAACAGACAGAUCACCAGAAGAAAGUAUUGAGGAAUUAAGUGUGAGGCACAGACUUAGUGCUGAUGAAAUCUUGGAAUCUGUUCCUAGUGUUGCAGAGUCAUCUGAAGUUGAUCUCAGUGCUGAGAAGGAAAAGGCAGGUGCCAACCUGGAGGAUAAGGGAGGAAGUAUGAGUUUCCCAGGAUCUAAAGGGACAGAGAUUGUACAAGCAGUCCACAACUUAACCCGUCUCUUGUACAGCAUGCAGGCAGCAUUAGCUAUCCAGGACAGCCACAGAGAGCUCCAUAGGUUACUCCUGCAAGAGAACGAGAAGAUUGGUCGGGGCCAUGGUUCUCGGCUAAACCUCCUCCUGGAACAAGAGAAAUACCGGAAUCUGGAGAAACAAAGGGUGGAGCUGGCCAACAUACACAAACUGAAGCAGCAGUUCCAGCAGGAGCAGCAGCGGUGGUUGCGAGAAUGCGACCAGCGGCAGCGGGAGCAGGAGGCGAGGGAGGACCGGCUGAGGCAGCGGGAGAGGGAUUGCAGGUGCCAGGAAGAGCUGCUGGACGGGAGCCGACAGGGGCUGGCGCUGCAGCUGCAGGAAUACCAGCAGAGUUUGGAGAGGCUCCAGGAGGGCCAGAAAAUGGUAGAGAGAGAAAGAGACAGUAUGAACAUGCAGAAGAAGCUCCUCUGGCACUUGAAACAUGGUCCUCAAAGUAGCCUGUUGUCAUCCACAGGGAGAUAUGAGAUAAUGGGAAAUAAUAAAUUGGACAGCUUACAGGAUGAAAAUGUGUUAUACUUAAAUGACGCUGUAGUAUGUGUGUCUCUAAGCAAUCUCAACGGAUCAGAUUCUUCUCUCAUUUAUGAGGAUGGUGUUUAUGGUCUGAACAUCUCAAAUUCUGAUAUAGCGUGGACUAGUGAAAAUCAGGUGGACCUCAAAAUGGACACUUCUUGUCAGCCAACAUUAAGCAAUGCGCUGUGGAAAUCCACUGGUCCUUACAAUCAGAUGUCAUUUUCCUGCAAAAGCAACAAGGAUGCCUUUAAUAAUGAUCUGAAUACAUCACAGACCCAGGGUCCCCAGACAAGCAUUCCAAACCAGGGAUCCAUCCAGCCAUCACGGGUAGAUGCACUGCUGCUGAACCACCAGCCUGAGAGCCUGCAGGAUGACAAAGAUGAAGACAGAGUAGAGGAGAAGAUUGUGUACCUCUGAUGGCUCGUUUUCUAAUUUUGGUUGCACUUUGGAAAUACAAUUGUGUUUGCUUUUCUAAAUGGCUGUAGUUGCUCUCUGUAUGACCAAAUGGCUUUAAGGAUAGUAUUUAAUAUUCAAUGUGAGAUUUUCCCCAUGACAAAUAUCACAAUUAAGUUAUUUUGAAGCCUUUGUUUUAUAAUCUAUAAUUUAUGACAUGAUUUCAAAUGUUUUGCAUGAGGCAAGGGGAUAGCAGGGAAGGUGUAGCAUUUUGGAAUUGUAAAGAUGCCACUGAGAGCUGUGAAAGCUGGUGCUGAAUUUCUCCUGAGUCCUCUUUUUAAAAGGGCAAGCUGAGAGAGGUGGGCCUGCUAUUUGAGAUUGCAGAAUGUGGAUCAGUAACCUUCUAACAGCUGUUACAUAAUGUGAGAAGACAGCAAAGUAAGAAUGAUGGCUGAAGUCUUCGCUGAAAUGUGCUGUGUACCCUUAACUAUGGUGUUGUUUUCCUUAUCCUCUGGCUCAGGAACUGUUCAGAAGAGGAUGGUUUUUAUGGUCUCAACAUAAUUGCAUAAUUGUAAGUGUUUGUUCACGUCCCAGUGCUUAUCAUCAUUUUGGUACCACUGCCAGUUUCAGUGAAAAAAUGCUGUAAAUCAGCUUGUUAUUGUGUUAUAAGUGUAUCUCAUUUCAGUAAGUGCCCUUGUGCAUAAAAAUCCACCAGAUGAAACCACCUCACUGGUAAAAAGAAAAGAAAGGGGAAAAAUAGUAGGCUUUUAGGUAACUCAACCUUUUUGAAACUCCUCUGCUUUCUUAUGUAAGAACCAGCUAGUUUCCUGCUUUCAGGUUCAUGGGAUUUACUGUGCGUUAGGCAGUAAGAAACCAGGACCAGUUCUGUGUUUCUGUCUUUCGAAAAUAUUUGUACACUUCUGGCAAAUUGAAUAAAUGUUCUGUGCAUUUCUGCAAAACUGUA